AUGUCGUCGGUCCUGUCACCUCAGGUUCAUACCGAGCUCUCGCAGCUGCUGCUGGCCCUGCAGUCAGGCGACAACAACAUCCGCUCCCAGGCCGAAGAACACCUUGCCAACAACUGGACAAACACCCAGCCAGAGGUCCUUUUGAUGGGCCUGGUGGAGCAGAUCCAUGGCUCCACCGACACCACGACGCGCUCAUUUGCUUCAGUUAUCUUCCGUCGCAUAGCUUCAAAGACUCGCAAGGCCGCGAGCGGAGACCAGAUCGAGCUGUUCCUAUCUAUAUCACAAGAGCAGGCUUAUGCGAUCCGCGAGAAGCUGCUCGAGGCGCUCGCCAACGAGACCGUCAACACUGUGCGGAACAAGGUCGGCGAUGCUGUCGCGGAGUUGGCGAGAGAAUACUCAGAUAACGGUCAACAAUGGCCCGAAUUACUCGGUGUGUUGUUUACGCUUAGCAACUCCAAAGACGAAGGACAAAGGGAAAAUGCCUACAGGAUCUUCGCGACCACCCCCGGUAUAAUUGAGAAGCAGCAUGAGGACACCGUGCUGUCGGCUUUUGCAAAGGGCUUCAAGGAUGUCAACGUCAAUGUCCGAUUAUCGGCCAUGGAGGCUUUCGCCUCGUUUUUCCGCACAAUUAGCAAGAAGGCGCAAGUCAAGUACUACGCACUGAUCCCAGAGGUCCUGAACAUCCUCCCACCGAUCAAGGAGUCGCAGGAUUCCGAGGACCUGACAAGGGCCCUGACUGCGCUCAUCGACCUUGCAGAGGUUGCCCCGAAAAUGUUCAAGCCGCUCUUCCGCAACCUCGUCGCUUUCAGCAUAUCAGUCAUUCAGGACAAGGAGCUCAGCGACCAGGCGAGGCAAAACUCUCUGGAGCUCAUGGCCACAUUCGCCGACUACGCGCCUGGGAUGUGCCGAAAGGAUCCUUCGUUCACUGCUGAUAUGAUUACCCAAUGUUUGAGUCUGAUGACUGACAUUGGCGUCGACGAUGACGAUGCAGCUGAGUGGAACGACUCCGAGGAUAUGGAGCCUGAGGAGAGCGACAUGAACCAUGUUGCCGGUGAACACUGUAUGGAUAGAUUGGCGAACAGACUUGGCGGACAGACUAUUCUGGCACCCACAUUCGGCUGGCUACCACGCAUGAUGACCUCCAACGCAUGGAGAGACAGGCACGCCGCUCUGAUGGCCAUCUCAGCCAUCUCAGAAGGCUGCCGUGAUCUGAUGGUCGGAGAGCUGGACAAGGUCCUCGAAUUGGUCGUCCCGGCGCUGCGCGAUCCUCACCCACGUGUACGAUGGGCAGGUUGCAACGCCCUCGGCCAGAUGAGCACUGAUUUCGCCGGCACCAUGCAGGAGAACUACCACCAGAUCGUGCUUCCAGCCAUCAUUCCGGUUCUCGAGUCUGCUGAACCCCGCGUCCAGGCCCACGCUGCCGCGGCCCUGGUUAACUUCUGCGAAGCCGCUCAAAAGGAGGUAUUGGAGCCAUAUCUAGAUGGUCUCUUGAGCCUCCUUUUCCAGAUCCUCCAAAGCCCAAAGCGAUACGUCCAGGAACAAGCUCUAUCAACUAUUGCGACAGUUGCCGAUUCGGCUGAGGCUGCCUUCUCCAAGUACUAUGAUACCCUUAUGCCAUUGCUGUUUACUGUUCUGCGACAAGAGAACACCAAGGAGCUCCGCCUGCUGCGUGCUAAGGCUAUGGAGUGCGCUACUCUGAUUGCUUUGGCUGUUGGAAAGGAGCGUCUCCGCGAUGAUGCCAUGACUCUGGUGCAGCUCCUCGCUUCGAUCCAGGGAAGCAUCACUGAUGCCGACGACCCGCAAGCACAAUACCUCAUGCACUGCUGGGGACGCAUGUGCCGAGUGCUGGAGAAGGAUUUCAUUCCUUUCCUACCAAGCGUCAUGCCACCGCUUCUCGAGAUUGCUAAGGCCAAGGCUGAUAUCCAGCUCUUGGACGACGAGGAGCAGGCCGAGGCUAUCCAGCAAGAGGAGGGAUGGGAGUUGGUGCCUCUCAAGGGCAAGAUCAUCGGUAUCAAGACGAGCACUCUGGACGAGAAGAACAUUGCUAUUGAGCUACUUGUUGUCUACGCGCAAGUCCUGGAGGCCGACUUUGCACCAUACGUUCCGGAUAUCAUGCAGAACAUCGCCGUCCCAGGCCUUGCAUUCUUCUUCCACGACCCCGUCCGCGUCAUCUCCGCCAAGCUCGUGCCGCAGCUGAUCAACUCGUACAAGAAGGCUUACGGAAUCCCUUCCAACGAGCUGAUCAGCCUCUGGGAGCCCACGCUCGAGAAGAUCCUCGAGGUCCUCACCGCUGAGCCCGCCAUCGAGACCCUCGCCGAGAUGUACCACUCCUUCUACGAAUCCGUCGAGGUGAUGGGCAAGAACUGCCUCUCUGGUAAGCAAAUGGACGCCUUCAUCUCCGCGGCCCAGUCCGCGCUCGAGGACUACAAAGAGCGCGUCAAGGAGCGCGCCGAGGAAGCCGAGGAGAACAACCGCGAGGAGGGCGAGGAGGAGGACGACGACAUCCUCUACGCCAUCGAGGACGACCAGGCCCUGCUCGCCGAGAUGAACAAGGCCUUCCACUGCAUCUUCAAGAACCACGGUGUUGAUUUCCUGCCCGCCUGGGGCCGCCUCAGCGCCACCUACGACGCCUUCCUCAAGAACGGCGACCCGACGCAGCGACAGUGGGGGCUGUGCAUCAUGGAUGACGUGCUGGAAUUCUGCGGCGAGAGGAGCUGGGAGUACAACGCCUUCAUCAUCGAGCCUCUCAUCACCGGGUGCCGCGACGCUGCGCCCGCGAAUCGCCAGGCUGCUGCGUAUGGUGUCGGGAUGGCGGCGCAUAAGGGCGGGGUUGUGUGGGCGGGCUUCCUUGGCGCGGCGGUGGAUACGCUGUUUGCGUUGUGUGCGGUGCCGGAUGCGAGGGAUGAGGAUAACGUGUUCGUGACUGAGAAUGCGUGUGCGGCUAUUGCGAAGAUUUUGCAUUAUAACGCGACGCAGGUGAGGGAGCCGGAUGAGACGAGCAGGAGGUGGGUGGAUACGCUGCCGGUGGUUAAUGAUGAGGAGGCGGCGCCGUAUGCGUAUUUGUAUUUGUCGGAGCUUAUUGAUCGACAACACCCCGCUGUCCUCACGCAACCCCAGAAGGUCUUCGCAGCCGUCGUUCUCGCCCUCGAGGCUAAGACCCUGCAAGGCCAAAUCGCAGUCAAGGUCGUGACGUCGACGAAGAACCUGCUCCAGAUCACGGGGCAGGAUUUGAAUGUGUUGACAGCGCAAUUGGCACCGGAGGCGCAGUUGAUUGCCAGGUCGGCGUUUAGCUAGUUGGGUAGUAAAGAUUUACGCGUGGAGGGGAGGUUGAUACCAUGAAUGGAGAUGCUGGUGCGGGUUGUCGCCGGGGAGGGGGAAGGGUGGUUUAUAUGGGUUUAAGCAUAGCGGCGAGCCAGAUGUGGUAGUAAAUUUACUAAUUUUAUGGAAUCUGUGUGCUUUUAUGAGGUUGUGACGAUGGGUGGUUUGUGGUGUGGGCUCGUAGGUCGACUUGGCCACAGAUGGUC